UGUUUACAGAUGCAUCAAAUCUAGGUUGGGCAGGUUGUCUUGAUGGCCUCAUUACUAAUGGCAGAUGGUCCCCUGAUGAGGUACUUUUGCACAUUAAUGCACAUGAACUAAUGGGUAUAUUAUUCACCUUGGAAUCUUUUACCCAUCUCCUAAGAGGAUUGCACAUCAAGGUGCUGUGUGAUAACACUACAGCGAUUAAUUACAUGAAUGAGAUGGGCAGAAUUAAGUCGGUGGUUUGUGAUGACAUUUGUCUUGGUAUAUGGGAUUGGUGAUUAAAAAUGGUGCCUGGAUUACAGCUUCUCACAUACCAGGCAAGUGCAGUGUGUUGGCAGACACUUCAUCCUGUUCCUUUAAUGACAGGCAUGAGUGGCAGCUGAACAAGAUGAUAUUUCAGAAGUUGUGAAAUAUCUGUGGGACUCCUUGCAUAGACCUGUUUGCUUCCCGUUUAAACAAGCAAGUGGCUCAAUUCUGUUCCUGGACACCGGACCCAGAGGCAGCCUAUAUUGAUGUUUUUACAAUUCCAUGGGCACAGUUUGAAUUAGUUUACCUCUUUCCUCCAUUCUCUGAUCCCUAGAUGUCUACAGAAGUUACGGGAGGAAAGGGCCCAAGGAUGGAUUGUUGUUCCACUCUGGCUGUCACAACCUUGGAUGGGCGUGCUACUUCGGCUGCUGGUAGAGGACCCUUGGCUCAUAUGGAGCAAGAGGAAUGUGCUCCUGCAUCCGUCCUCUGCGGAGGAGCACCCAAUAAUGAGGCACACCAGUUUGAUGGCUUGUCAGCUGUCAGGACACAACUUGGAGCACAUGGCUUCCUGGAAACCAGGGACUGAAAGACAAUACAGCCCUCACAUCAAGAGGUAUGCAGCGAUCUGGGAGGUGAAACCUGGGUUGCAGAGGAUAAGGACCAUGGACCCACUGCACAGCAUUUCUUUGAAGGACCAGUCACUCAAGUUGGUGAUGCUGAUGGCACUGAUGCAAGCAGCCAGGGUUCAAACAUUGCACUUGUUAAUGCUGAGGAACAUCGCCUUUGGAGAAGACUCUGUUUCAGUUUUGUUAGGGGGUAACAUCAAGCAAUGCAAGUCCAAGUUUAAUGUUCAUACAAUUGAGUUUAGAGCUUAUACUCAGGAUAACAGGCUGUGUGUAUUUAUGACCAUGAAGGAACAUAUAGAGAGAACUGAGAAGCUCCUGACAGAAUUUGUGAAUGCAGAUGGGAAACUACUCAUCAGUUACAUAAAACCUUAUAGGAGUGUUUCUGAAGACAUGGUGGCCAGGUGGCUCAAGACAAUGUCAGAUAGUGUGGGAUUGACACCAAGAGGUUCACUGUAGGUAGUCUUAGACCUGCCUUGGCAUCUAUGGCCAAGGCACUGGCCGUGGUAAUUGCCAUCAUGGCCAAGGCUGGUUGGAUGUGGGAGGCCAUGUUUGCUAGGUAUUAUAAUAAAGAUAUACUCCGGGACACAGACCCAUUUCAAGAGGUGAUGCUGGGUUCUGUGUAAUUCAUGUUUAUGUAUAUGUUAUGUUGGGUUUUACAUGUUUUGUUUUAUUAUGUUCAGUGAGGGUAAUGUUAUGUUUCCAUAAUGAAGAUUGGGCUCUCUUUCUAGGAAGUUUUCUUUACACCUGUUUAUAUGAUGUGGCAUUUGACAGGAUUAGAUGGAUACAACAACCACAUGACUUUAAAAUCUCAUGUGACAGCGCCAUCUAGUAGACAGGUGAUUUGCUGAAGUAAAAU